UUUCUUUCUUCUGUGGUUGGUAGUCUCUUUUUGUCAUUUGUGUUUUUUCCAAUUUUUCCAAAAAUGUUUUUCAUCGAUAAUUUGCAAAGAUAAUUUGAGUGUUUUCUAUUACAAAAACUUUAAAAACCAUGGUAUCGUGUGUUGUAUGCAGUUGUUGGAGCAGAAAACGUAUCGACUCGAAGAAACUCGCCGGUUUGACGUUUUACAGGUAACAUAAACAAUGGACAGGUCCGUAACGCAGCCAAACGCAGCUACAACAAAAUUAUCGAGAAAAAAAAAUAAAAAUUAAGUUACCGAAUUACGAGGCAUAAGUUUACUACAGCAUAUCGGACACGCAUUAAAGUGGAUUACAUUACAUUAGCUCAAGGCAAAUUUUAAUCAUUGUUUGCUUUUAUUAUUUGAAGUUUUACCUAAUCCAGUCCUGUCCAAAUCGGACCUUUUUGCCCCGCCUCCUGAUACCGUUUUUAUUGUACAGAAAUACGUGCGUAGGUGCGUCUCCCUUCUCUUAUUCCUCCGUGAACUAAAAUUAACCUAACCUCAAAAAAGUUAAAAUUAUUUAAAAAGGGACAGUUUCUAUUUAUUUUUUAAUAAGUCAGUAAUAUCUAAACAAGGGUAAUAUGGAGUCAUAUUUAAAACGAAAGAUCACAGAAGUAAACGGAACAGAUGGAGAUGCGAAAAUACCUAAAAGAGAAGAAUGUCCCCAUAAGGAACGAUGUUACAGGAAAAAUCCCCAUCAUUUUAAAGAAUUUCAACAUCCAUUUUUAAUUAGUCUCUUAGAAAUGGGCGACUCUGUAAAAAUACCAGAUAAUAUGCCCCAGCCAAAAGACGUUUAUUUAGAACAAUUAGAUAUAUUAAGACCCAUAAUUGAGGCUGCUAAAAAGCCUAUAAACAAUAUCGCUAAAUCUCAAACAGAAAUUAAAGAAGAAAGUUUAGACAGUAAUAAUAUGCAACCAAGUACUAGUAAAGUUUCAAGAAAGGGAAAAACGACAGUAUUUAAUCCAUUUUCUAUAGUUAAAACAGAAAAUUCGGAACUUGUUAAAAAUACUGUAGCAGGAACGAUGUUACAUAAAUUAAAGGUAAAUGAUCCAUACAAUUUAUUUUUUACAACUAUUCCAAAAAGCCCAGAAACAUAUAAGGAAACAAACGCAGUAACAUUUACGGACUUAUUAUGUCCUAGUUUAGGAACGUUAAAAUGUUCUCUACAAAUUAAUUUUAUGAUUGAUAUUGACUGGCUUUUAAAACAAUAUAAAAUUCGAAACUUACAUACGAAACCGUUAACUAUCUUAUAUGGAGAUGACUGGCCCGAUAUGGUAGAGUUUAUGGAUAAAUUUUGUCCAAACGUCAAAUAUCAUUUUGUUAAAAUGAAAGAUCCUUUUGGAUGUCAUCAUUCAAAGGUUGGAAUUUAUGUAUAUGAAGAUAACUCUUUGAGAAUAGUUGUAUCGACUGCAAAUCUGUAUUAUGAGGAUUGGAAUCAUUAUAACCAAGGUUUAUGGAUAAGCCCUGUGUGUCCAAAAUUACCUGAGGGAAGUACAGUAAAAGAUGGCGAAUCUCCUACAAGCUUUAAACAGGACCUAAUCAAAUAUCUACAAAGUUAUAACUUGGCAAUUUUAAAAGAGUGGAUAGAAUAUGUUAAAAAUGCUGAUUUUAGUAAUGUAAAGGUCGCUCUAGUUUAUUCAACACCAGGCAAACACUAUCCGAAAAGCAAUGGAAACCAUCUUCAUAAAGUAGGUGACCUUUUAAGUCAGCAUUGUACUUUACCUGUAAAAACUACCCCUGAAAGUGAAGGUCCACUAUCAUGGGGUAUUAUGGCUCAAGCUUCUAGUAUAGGUUCGAUGGGUAAGAGUCCUGCAGAAUGGUUUAGGGGUAAUCUGUUGAGGAGCUUGGCUAGUCACAAACAAAGCCCUCGUCCAAAUAACUCUCAAGCUACUAUCAGUAUUAUAUAUCCUAGUGUAGAGAAUGUAGCUAAUGGAUAUUUUGGGCUUGAGAGUGGCGGCUGUCUUCCUUAUUCGAAAGCUACCAAUGAGAAGCAGAAAUGGUUACAGACGUAUAUGCACCAAUGGAUUGCUGAUGGAAGGAAUAGAACCAGGGCUAUGCCGCACAUAAAAACUUAUUGUAGAGUAUCUCCAGAUCUUUGUAAACUAGCCUUUUUCCUUAUAACUAGUGCGAACUUGUCGAAAUCGGCGUGGGGAAGCAAUAUACAAAAGGACGGUGGAAGUUACAUUCGAUCCUAUGAGAUGGGCGUGAUGUUUCUGCCAAAAUUUUUCGGAGAGGAAUAUUUCGAAAUUUCAAACUCUCCCAAUAUGAAAAAUAAAAAAGUGUUUCCUUUUAUCUAUGAUUUGCCAUUAACACCGUUUAAGAAAGAUGACUAUCCUUGGUGUAACUAAGAUAUUUUUUGAAUAUACAUUUAUUUUUUUAUUAUUCUUAUACAUAUAAACAUUAAACCUACUUUUGAUUUAUAAUUUGUUU